AUGCGAGGCUUUGGCCAGCCCCGAGCGCAGGGAAUCAAGUCUCGCCUUGAUACAGUCGGAAGGGCCGACCUUGCUAACCGCCUAUGUCCACGGUACUCCAGAGACUUGGCCUUGGUUCGGCAAAGCGAAGUUCAUCUUGCUAAUGAUAUGAACUCAGUUCGGCGUUCAUUGCUGUCAAAUGCUGUAGUCAUGAACAGCUCGCCGAAACGAGAGUGCCGUGAUGAAUCGACUGUGUCACUGGCGUCUAAAUCUGGCGUUAAUGGCGAACGGCUCAGCAUUUGUAUCAGCUAUCGCCUCAUCCUCACCCUCAUCCACAAUCUCCUUCCCCUCACCGUCACCUCUCAUCCAUCGUCAGCUCCGUUUCCUUGUCGCCGCAUCCAACAAGCAGGUGCUCGCCACCUUCACAUUUCCAUACCGCUCUACCAUCCUCUAGCAUACAACAGCAAUUUCGGCUUUCUUCGCAUCCACGGCUAUCUCCGUAUCACGCCGCACCGUUCUCAUCUGGAUCUCUCGUCGACAGCUUUGCAUCGCGAUCGACUCAGCCUUGUUUGCGAUCCUCGUCCUUCUGCAGAUAGAGUCCGACUUCGCUACUCCAUCUUGAUCGCCGUCGUCACCCUCGAGCGGCCAUUUCGACCCUCUAUCCUUGACCUGUACCCUCGACUCAGCGCUCGACUUCGCUACUCGAACGCAUUCCGGGUACUAAGCAGCGCAUCUACAAUCAACUCUCUCCGGAUCGUUUCCGCUUACCACUCGUGA